ACUUCACCUUAAUUUACCCGACACUUCCAAAAGAAGAAUGACGGCCGGUUAAAGCAACAGAUGAGAUGGGUCUGCGGAGUUUGUCAGCUAUUAAACCCGUCCUCUAGACCGCUAUUGACCGUUUUAAAUGCUAUUUCGUUACUCUUUGCUAUGAUCGACACACAUUUGUCACCGUUAUAAGUGUUUAACUGACAGCAGUCUUGCUGUAGGAAGGAAGCAGGAGAGGAGAGCGUCUGACUGCGCACUGCUGGCCCACUAAACACACUCUCAUCGGGGACUUCACUUAAAAGGGCAAGAUUGUUUUGCAACAUACUUGAUAGCCACACAAAUGCUCGUAUUUUAAACACACAGUCUGUUAUAAGUAUUAACAUUAAUCAGAUAUAUCAAAGACUAUGUGAAGUCGUUGUUGUUUUAAUAUUACGGUUUGUUUUUCGUGCAAAAGAUUGUUUUUCUUGCAUUUUCUGCUGAUCGAUUAUAAUCGAUCACACAUCAGUCAUCAUCGAUCAUGGCCACAGAUGCAAUAGCGACUGAAGAAGUCUCAAACCAGAGAGACUCGAGUGAUCUGAACGCCAACAAAAGCAAUCCCGAAUCAGACACACCCAGCCGGACAUCGGAGGCGCGAGAAAACAGAAAUAUAAGUAGCCCGUUAUCGUUAUCAUCAUCAUCGGUUCACUCUGAGGAAGAACUAUCUCAGGACUCAAUAGCAGGGAAUAAUUCGCUGGAGAAUGGAGACCGUCCGGUCCGAACAGGAGAUCCGCCGCAGGAAGCAGCGACUCCAGACAAUAGACAAAAACAAGGCGUGAGGACUUCAACUCCUGUGCGAGCGCCGCAAACACUCUCUUCACCAGCUGAACACAACGGAAGUUUUGAGCACCAGGAGUCAGUUGCUACCACAGAGGCGCGGCUGAGAAUGGAAGGGGUGGAGCUAAAGGAGGAGUGGCAAGAUGAGGACUUCCCCAGAUUUCCUCACACAGAUUUGGCAACGGGUUACGUGGAUUCCAUGCCAACAGAAAGCUGCUUGGUGGUUUUGCAACUAACAUUUUGUGUGUCAUUCAGGUAUGUCAUAGGAACUCUAGAGCUUCUUGUAGCUGAGAACUAUAUGAUUGUAUACCUGAACGGAGCCACUUCACGCCGAAAGAUGCCCAGUGUGGGCUGGCUCAGAAAAUGCUAUCAGCAGAUAGAUCGAAGGUUAAGGAAAAAUUUGAAGUCUUUGAUAAUAGUGCACCCGUCCUGGUUUAUUCGCACCCUCCUGGCCCUCACAAAACCUUUUAUAAGCUCAAAAUUUAGCCAGAAAAUCAAGUAUGUGUUCAGCCUGACAGACCUGGCUGAGCUUGUCCCGAUGGAGUACGUUUCCAUACCAGACUGCAUUAAACAGUUUGACGAAGAAAAAAAUAGGAAAAAACAUAAAAGGAUUGACCAGGACGUGCGUGGAAAGGUGGAGAUGGCCACCGCAGCAGUGCCAGAGUGAGUCAGAGGAGUUGAAGAGAGAAGCUGGAAGAAUCAACGAAUGUAUUGGGUUUCUUUUAACUGGAGAACGCAAGAUCUUGAUGUCAGAAAAGUGCCUUUUAAAGGAGUAGUUUAUCGCAAAAUGAAAAUUCAGUCAUUGUUUACGCUCUCUCAUGUCAUUCCA